GCCAGGGAGACAAGACCGGAGGAGCCUGACAAGCCAAGAGGGUCCCAAAGGGCUGUGCUCCAGGAAUGGCCCUCAGGAUGCUCUGGGGUGGACAGGCUAAGGGGAUCCCGCGAGGCUGGGGGAUCAUCUGCUUGGUGAUCUCUCUGCUCCUUCAGCACCCCGGAGUCCACAGCAAAUGCUACUUCCAAGCUCAAGCCCCCUGCCGCUAUGAGGGGAAAUAUUUCACCCUGGGCGAGUCCUGGCUCCGCAAGGACUGCUUCCACUGCACCUGUCUGCAUCCUGUCGGUGUGGGCUGCUGCGACACGUCCCAGCAUCCCAUCGACUUCCCUGCCGAGUGCGAGGUCCGGCAGGAGGCGGGAACCUGCCAGUUCUCCCUGGUGCAGAAAUCUGACCCUCGGCUGCCCUGCAAAGGGGGAGGGCCUGACCCAGAGUGGGGCUCGGCUAACACCCCUGUUCCUGGGGCUCCUGCUCCCCACUCCGGCUAAUCUCAACCGACCGCCCUUCUGCUGACUGCCCACUGCUGCUGCCACUUCCAGGGAAACCACUAGCAGCUGCCAAUUUAUUCCGAAUAAAUAAAUUAAUGCUACAGCUGAACGCCUGCUUCUCAUUGUCCGUGCCACUGGGCCCCCGGUGG